UUGGUUAUUCGUCUGUGGUUGUUGUUAGAGAUUGCAGCGAAAAUUAAUUUUAUUUUAUUUUCUAAUAAAUAAACGUACCUCGUUUCGCUCAGUCAAUGAUUGUAUGAUGACGAGGUGAUGACUGAUUGAUGAGGUCAUUGCUUCAUCGUGAUUUAAUACCAGUCUGCAUGUCGCCAACGCCAGUUUGCCUUCCGACUUCACGAUGGAGGUUACGGACGAUGUGAUUCGCAAUUUGUCUACGAAAGCUUCUCUACCACUAGUAUUUAGACAGUUUGUUAAAGACUGGCCGAUUUGCGCAUGGGAUGAGAAUAAGUGGACUUCAGUUUUUGGUGAAAAAGAAAUACCUUUUCGGUGUUUGAAUAAAAGUUUUGUUUCGGACGAACCAUGUUGGGAGAGACGGUGCCAGGUGAAAAAGAUGACGUUCAACACCUUUUUAGGCGUUCUGAACACGAGCCAAGAUUGGAUGUACUUUGAUUACAAAUAUCUUCAUCAAUGGUUCAGUAGCGACAGUGAAUUAUGUAAGACAAUAUCGUGGAAGCAAUUUGGAUACCCUGACAAAGGACCUGCAGACACUACCCUAUGGGUUGGAAGCCAGGGUUCUCACACGCCCGCCCAUCAAGACACCUACGGUUACAAUAUAGUUGCACAAGUUUAUGGAAGGAAACGUUGGAUUCUUUUCCCACCUGAAGCAGGUGGUUUGAAACCCACAAGAGUACCGUAUGAGGAGUCAAGUGUUUACAGUGAAUUGAACUUCUACUGCCCUAAUGACUUGGAAGCAUUUAAUGGUCUGACGGGCGGUCGUUGGGUGGAGCUGCGCGCGGGCGACGCGCUGCUGGUGCCGCGCGGCUGGUGGCACUACGUGCAAAACCUCGACCCGCUCAACAUCGCGCUCAACGUCUGGCUGCCUCACGAAAAGGACAACUCUAUGCAAAUAUCGGAAGCUUUAAUAAAAAUAUUGAUAGCUCAAAUAUGUAAGGACCUGCCGCAGGAGACAGCAAGACUGCUGGUCAAUCCCAAUGAGGAUGACAUAUCGGAUACACCUUUGGCAGUACUGUUUCUACAACUAGAAACGGUAGUCAAAACUUAUUUAGACAAAAAGCGUAAGACUCGACGGGUGAAGCGACAAAAGACUCGAGAGGACAACUCUACAGAGCCGGAUAUAGAGGAAUUCGAUAUCAAAUCUUUACUAGACAAUCACAAGAAUAAGUUAGAAAUAGUUCCUACAAUAGCAAGUAGCGAUAUAGUUGAUUUAAUAAAGGGGAAUAUUAGGGAGUUUGUUAAUAACAAGGUUCAAGAUGAAGACGAAGUUGAGAAUGGCACAAGCAGUCUUUGUCUGACGAAGGCUGUCUAGUGCAGUCAGAUCCUUAGAAUAAAGACUAAAGGGUCAGCCCGAUGCUAUUGAUGUUGUGAAGCGUAACUUUUUUUUACUAAGCUCGGUAAAUCAGUGCAAUAUGCUUAUUAAUUAUAGUCUGUAACAGACAAAUUCAAUAUACAGAAUAUUAUUUUUAUAAAGGUGUAUUUACACAUUUUCAAAAGAGGGUGCCGUGUGGCGAGCCAGGACGCAGGUUACUUAUUCGCUCAUUUAUCUGUGCUCUUGUCUCGCAACUGGGCAGUUGAUAUGUCUAUGACAGCGGCGAGCGUCACGACUCGCCGCCAUGGCGAAUGUGUAAAUGCAGGGUUAUUAGGAUUAGAUGUUUUAAAUCUAGAAAGACAAAUAAGUUUUUGACUGAUCUUUUCUUGAUCUUUUCUUGAUUGGGUGAACUUAUGUGAUUGAUCUCCUUUAGUAUUUUAGUAUACUUGUUUCAAGAGCAAUAAUUUAUAGGUAUAUUUAUUCGAAGUGGCAUCGAAGUUGCCCAUAGCAAGGUGCCACUUCGAUUCAUAGAUAGAAAAAAAAAUAGAUUCCAAACUCUUGGCAAGAUAGAAAUCUAUCUUCGAAUAAGAGCAAGCAUAAAGUGCCUUAAUAACGUAUAUGAAAUUUACGGAUUAUCCUUAAAUUUUCAUUAAAGUAUUAAGUUACUUCUAAAUAAAAAAUUUAGUAAAUAUUAUUGUAGUAUUUUUUUUUAACAUUGCAAGAAACACGAGCUGUAAAAACACCUCUGUCUGUAAAAUUGUUUGUAAAACAAGUUCACUUAUAUAUUGUAAGUGUCACGAUAUUUUUAAGUAAAGUAUUUAAAUAAAUAAUUUUAAAUAUGGAAUA